UAAACAGGAAUACGGAACACGAACUGACCACAUUGCGACCGGCAACCGCUGUGAGGCGCAAUUGUAAUGAAACACUAGUCGCUCUCCCAAGGACGACCGCCAAAGAAUGGGCUGGGAGUUUACUGACCACCAUGUGCGUCCAAACGUCUUUUACUGGGCGCCAAAGGCGCACAAGGAGCGCGAGGAGGUCAAAACCCGGAGAGACGCAGCGCAGGCGGCCUAUGAGAAAGCUAAGAAAGCCACGGCGGAGGGCCGGCACGCGGAGGCUGAGCAGCUGCUGCUGCACAGCGUCACUGCUUGGCCUGACAACCCGCGCUUCAGCCACGCCCUGGCCCACUGCAUCUUCCUGGACCGCGGCCGGCCCGCAGACGGCCGUGGCGCCAAGCGCGACACGCUGGCUGAGAUCGUGGAGGCGGAGCGGCAGAUCAUGUUGUGGGAGCGCAAGAUCCAGCUGGAGAAGGAGAUGCAGGAGGUGCUGGACCCCACGGUGGGGCAGGACGUGGUGGCGGAGAUGAAGAAGGAGAUCCACCGCAUGACGCUGAGGCACACGGAGCUCAUGAGGCUGCAGGGCUGACAAGCCCUAGUGUUUGGGGGAGGGGGAGGGGGAGGGGAGGGGAGGGGAAGGAAGGGGAGGGGAAGGAAGGGGAGGGGAGGGAAGGGGAGAGGGGCUUGCUUGCCCUAGGGCAAGGAAUGCGGGAGGUACCAAAGUGGGGAGGCUGGAGAGGGGAGGAGGUGCUGGUGAGAGGAGGUGUAGGCUUGAGAUUUAGGGGGAAUGGCUGAGGUGUGGAUGGCGUGGGGGAGCGGGGAAAUGUGUGGCCGCGCCGAGCCUGGUGGAAAGGCACCGAGGUGAGGGAACGGGAGAGGGGUCGAGGACUGGUGAUGAGGGUAGGGAUGUGCAAGGUGGUUGAGGUGCAGGGGGCAUGUCGGGUUGAGGCUAUGAGUGAUUGGUGCGGUGAAGCGGUUGCACCAUGGAGGGGGGCAGGGGGGAAGUUGUAGAUACCAGCCGAAACUAAA